AUGCCUCAAAUGUCGGAAGAAACCAUCAACGUGCUCCGGGUCUCCAUCUCGAUGAUGAUUCUCUUCACGGCGGUUCUCAGCCAUGAAUUCCUCAUGGAGCCACUUCUCCAUGGACUCGCUCAAGGUGGAAUCGGUGGGAUUCAGAAUCGCGAUGGCUAUAUGAUACUGUGUAUUAUGUACUUCUUCAACUCGGCCAGUUGCUUCUUUGCUCCGUAUCUUGUGGCCAAGCUCACCGGCAAGUAUGCAAUGGUACUCGGGAUGGUGUCGGUGCUUUGUUGUCAGGCCUCCUUUGUCUUUCCCCAACGAAUCCCCAUCAUAGCUACAUCGGUGUUAGUUGGUGUCGGGACUACCUUCUUAUGGGUCGGUCAGGGCCAGUACAUCAGUGACAAUGUAUCCGACAGAAACCGUGAGAAGGACACAUCUCUGCAAUGGGCGCUAUUCAAGAUGAGUCUGAUCUACGGAGGUCUUUUCUUCUUCUUCUACUUUCAAAACGCCUCCUUGGAGACUAUUGUGGCAAACGGGCAGGUAGGAGGAGUGAUCGGAGCAUUGUACCAGAUUUUUUCCAUCUUCCCCGCGUGCAUCAAAUUCACCUCUCGCCUCUCCACCAACACCACAUCUCUCCUCACAAUUGGUAUGAUUGUAACAGGAAGUGGACAGGUGUUAGGCUCCGCCCUUGUUGCUCUCGUCGGUGACCGAGUUCGGAAACUCGGCCAGCACAUUCUUAUCCUCUCUGCCCUCAUCCUUCAUAUCACUUUGUUCAUGGUUAUCGCUCUUUCAUUCCCAAAUGAUGCUCCAUUGGGACAUACUGAUGAUUCUGGACCGGUUUUUCAGGCUGAUGUAAUUAUGGCUAUGACCAUCUCAUUUCUGCUUGGUUUCGGUGACGCCGUGCUGCAAACUCAAAUCUACUCAUACAUCGCAAAGUACUAUCAGAAAGAGAGCGGCACUGUAUUCUCGAUUUUCCGUUUUGCAAGUGGAAUCGCCUCCACUAUCAUGUUCUUCGGCGCCCAGUACUUCCUUUUGGUGCAUCACUUAACACUUCUCACUGUCAGCGCCUGUAUUGCUGGCUUCUCGAUUUUGGCAUUCCAUAAGGCUAUCAAGAAACAGUACCAAGAUAAAGCCGCUGUCGUCGUGGUGUCUGUCGCCCCAUGGAAGCCGAGAGCAGUCUCACCGAUUUCUCCUGUUCGGGAAUAA